UCCUCCCCCUCUUACCUUCCGACUACUACGCCAACACACCUCCAUUACGACAGGCUCGAAUACGACGGAGACUGGGAUUUGGAGAGAAAGGAGGGUAGAAUGACUACGACGAUGGAGAGCCACCAUUUGCCGCAUUGGGGGACCCCUGCUGGACCGAUGACACCUCCACAGACCGACACCGUAGAGCCGAGACGGUUGUGGGUCCCAGCGACAAGGAGGACAACUACAUACUCGGUUCAAUUGUUGACUCCCCCCGACGACGACGAGGCCAUUCCACAUCCACAACCUUCUUCAAGCCGCGCAAAAGCAGAUUUCCCGUCUGACACCACCUAUCCCCCACCUUCCUCACACCACUUAGCGCCCACUUCCGUUCCCGACUUCGAAAGCGACGAAGAAGAGAUGUCCUGCGAUGAACAGCCGCCAGCUGAGUCGAAGCCAGACUCAAAGGAGACGGAGACAGAUGCUUGGGCGCGCGACUGGCUUCAUGUUGCGCGGACGCGACCCGAGAGCUCUGCCUUGGUGGCGGAAAAGACAUGCGAGAUGAUAUGCUACCUGUGGUUCGCGCCCACCAGCAGCAAGCGCCCAUCUUCCCCCUCUCUUUCAUCACCAACCUCGCCAACGAGCUCGACCCCUUCCCCCUCGCCCCUCCAACUUUUGCCAUCGCCGCCAUUUGUCGCAUUCACGCAGAAGCUGCUCGAGACAACCCAACUCUCGCAGUCUGCUAUUGUUCUUGCGCUCCAUUUCAUCCAUCGACUGCGACAACGAAAUCGGGGAAUACCCGCCCAAGCCGGCAGCGAGUUCCGCGUUUGUGUCGCGGGUCUAAUGAUGGCCAACAAGUUCCUUGACGACAACACGUAUACGAACGCCACUUGGGCAUCUGUUUCCUCAAUUCCAUUAGCUCAAAUCAACACGAUGGAGCGCGAGUUCCUCGCAGGCUGCGACUACGCGUUGUAUGUCAGCCGGAAAGUGUAUGAGGAUUGGGGGAGAUUAUUGCGGGGUCUGGUUGGUGCUCGAGCAAGAGAGCGUGAAAGGGAGAGAGGACGGCGACAUGCGAUGCAUCAUCGUGGCGGACGACUGCAUCCGCAACAUCCAACUCAUUCGUUAUAUUCUGCUCCUAGACGACCAGCAAUGUCUGCGAACUCGUCAACGACGAGUUAUUCAAGCUGGGUCUACGCAACACCCAGUCGCGCCCACAGCAACCUUCGCGUCAAGAGAGACCGCAGUUCCAGCCCAUCCCCUUCAGCCCCGCUGUACUCUCAAAGACGGGGUAGCGAAGACAACGCGACCAGUUCGGAUUUCGACAAUGACGACCGCGGACGAUCACGGGCUCGAUCUCAGGAGCGAGUGGAUGAAUGUGUGGAUGAACGGUUAGAAAGAGAGCGAGAGAUGGAAGUUGGCAGUAAAAGACGAGCCGAAGCAGCAUUCAGCCCUCCAUCGUAUCAUUCUCGGCCGCAUCAUCCUGGUUUUGCCACCGUCUACAACACUCCUCUGACGAAUACUCACUCACAACGACCAGCACCCACUUUGGUUAUCCCCACACCCACACCGACCUCGACUUCUUUUACGUACGCAAGCUCCGCUGGUGCCAACCACUGGAGUCCAGUCGAGGCAACUUCGACCUCCACAUCCAGCUCUGCUUCUGCAUCUUCUGGCCAUUCCUUCCCUUUACCACUACCCAAGGCGACUUCAACAACGAAUGUCAGUCUUGUUACACCCCUCGAGCGCUUUGGCGCCAUGUCCUUGUCCACCAACGCGAACCCAAUCAGUCGGAGCGUAAGCAGGCAUCCAACGCCAAGCCCACCCAGGAGGCGGUUACGGGAACGACCCGUUUCUUAUGCUGGCGCGACAACAGCCAGUUCUGCGGGGCUGACUGCGUUUGCGGAGCGCUAUGGCGGUUUCCAAGCUUCACCAGUUGUUGCUGAACGCGGUCGGGAGCGGAGUAACCAAUGGGGCGUUUCGUCGAUUGAACGCGCGACAACCUCGAGUCCGGGUACAAGUCCUUUUGUCUCGACAUCGGCCUACGUAGCCCCUUCGCCGAGUACGACUGUGCAGUACCCUCCUCGUGAGGUCCAGCAUUCUCUUCCUUCAAUUUCUACUGGAUAUGGGCAACACGAGCCGCAACCUCAAUAUCCAUCAACGUUGGCGGCACGUUGGGACUACUCGGACGGCGCUAAAGCCCCAACUGCGCAGGAUUUGUACUUUUACACUCUGACUUGCUCGCCCAUGUCAGACGCCUCUUCCUCCUCUGGGUAUUCUCCUGUCGACAAUGACCCAUCGGACGACGACUCUGCUAUGUCAGACGACGGACGAGAAGCUUACCGCCAGCAACCAACUGCGGUUGCUCGAGGCCACCCUCAAGCUAUUUCCGAUCUGCGAGAUCGCGUCCGUGACCCUGAACGUUACCGAGAAGAGGCCCGUCGCGCGCGUCUUCGCUACGCCCCCGCCCCCAUAUCCACGACAACGUCAACAGUAUCGUCUUGGCUGCCACUACCUUCGGCUCCCCAGCCACAGCAUCCAUUUGCAGGCAGUGCGUUAAUUAAUCGAUGGGGGGUACAAAGCGCACGAACUUCGCCUGUCCGAGGACCUGUGGCCGUUCCAAUGCGAGCCGAGCCAACUGAGUGGACGCCGCCUCGAGCUACGUAUGCCGAGGUUUCCGCUGGGGGCGGGGGAUGGACGCCUCCCCGCGUUGCUCUGCCUCAUUUUGCGGACUUGGAGAAGUGGUCUGGCCAGCAUCGACUGUUACAAUCUCAGUCUCAAACUCGGCCGACGACCACCGCGCAAUCACAAUAUCAACCUCCUCCUUCACUACCUCCACCUGAGUCGCGCAAAACACAUCAACCCCAGCCCCGCCGAGCUGUUUUUGCCAACGCCGGGCCUCCCGGUGUAAGCGGCUAUGCCUAUGCCUAUUAG